AUUUUGAGUGGGGGAUAGAACAACAGGAAGCCUUUGACGUUUUGAAACAAGCCUUUGUAACUGAGCCAGUAUUGCGAUAUCCUAAGACCAAUGAGCCAUUUAUUGACAAGAGUGAUUCAUCUAAAACUGCUCCAGGAGUUGGUGACAUAACAGUGACGAAGGUGACUCCUGACUCGCUGACAGUGGUGUGGCAGGAGCCUACCUCAGCGCCCCGCUGCACUCAAGGAUACAAACUUGUGCUGAGCCAGGAUAGACAGUUCAAGCAGCAGAUAAACAAGACAACAGUUGGUAUACCAGAGAGCAGGACCUACACUUUCACUGGGCUCUACCAGUGCACCCUGUACUACAUCUCUGUUCAAGCUAUGCCAAAUCUACAAUUUAAAUACACAUCCUCGUUUACUUCUGUUAUAAGUAAUGCGACAGUUAAGGAUCUGACCACUGACAACGUUUAUGAAGACCGAAUAAAAGUUUCUUGGAUACCUUUUGAUCAUUGGCUUAGCUGCGUUUUAGAGUAUAAGGUGGAGAUAAUAUCAGGGCCAUUCUAUUACAACAUUCCGACUAAUAACACGGACUUGGAAAUCUCCGGGUUAGAGCCUUGUACAACUUACGGCAUUCACGUGACGGUUCUGUUUUGGGGAGGCUGGCCGUCGCAACAGUCAGCUGGUAUAACAGCACGCACACUCCCAGGAGGAAAGCAUUUGAAUGAACCAGUUCAACAAAUACAAGUACAAAACAAAAGUGACAGAUCCCUGACUAUCUCUUGGCAAGGUCCAAAGUCCGGAAUGAGUUGUGUGGAUAGUUAUAUAGUUUACAUUCAAGAUUCAAAACGUUAUAGGGUUUCUUCUGAGCUGACCAACCAUACCGUUUUUGAGUUCACCAACCUCAAAGAAUGUGAGGUUUACUAUGUCCAUGUCAGGCCUCACUACUAUGGUACUACCAGCACUGCUUCUACAUUACAUCAGCCCAAAGACUCAUUCAUAGUGACAAAUACUACAGCUCCAGACAAUGUUGUGGUGGAUUUACGAAUGAAGGCUGGGUGGAACAGCCUGCAGCUGGACUGGACGCUACGAGACUUAUAUCGCAACUGUGUGAGUGAGUAUGUUGUGCAAGUUUGUUUCAACGGACUGUCUGGAUAA